UCACACUCGACUCCGGUAACCUUACCGGACCCUCCCGCGGCCGCCUCGUUCCAAUAAAUUUGGAGGCAGCGCUGGAUGUGUGAAGGCGGAACGAGCGGAGGCGUGCGCUCCUCGCAUCACAUUGCGACUGCGCGACGAGAGAACGGGAGCGGCUUCGGCGGUGGGAUGGCAGCGGACAGCUCUGAGAGCUUGUGGUUCGCGUCGAAUCCGAGCAAGAGGUGGGGGGAGGCGUUCUUCUUGAUCUACACGCCCUUUUGGCUCACCCUCUGCCUCGGGAUCAUAGUCCCCUACAGGCUUUACGAGAGAUUCACAGAAUUGGAGUAUCUGAUCAUCGGGCUGGUUUCUUCUGUCCCAGCUUUCUUGAUACCCCUCCUGAUCAUGGGGAAGGCAGACAGUUGCAAAUGCUGGAGAGAUCGAUACUGGGUGAAGGCAAAUCUGUGGAUUAUAAUUUUUAGUUAUGUUGGGAAUUACUUCUGGACUCAUUAUUUCUUCACGGUACUUGGAGCGUCAUACACUUUUCCUUCAUGGAGAAUGAACAAUGUCCCACAUACAACUUUCUUUCUCACUCAUUCUUGUUUCCUGUUUUACCAUAUGACAUCUAAUAUAACACUGCGUAGGCUGCGCCAUGUCAUUGCUGAUUUUCCACAGUCAAUUCGACUGGCCAGUGAAGCUGCAUGGAUUUUGGCUCUUUCUUAUUUCAUAGCUUACUUGGAGACUUUAGCUAUUUCAAAUUUCCCAUAUUAUGAGUUUGUCAAUCGGGAAUCAAUGUACAAAGUAGGAUCAUUGUUCUAUGCAAUCUAUUUCAUCGUGAGCUUCCCUAUGUUUUUAAGGGUAGAUGAGAAAGAGGAUGAACCAUGGGACCUUCCAAGGGUGGCUGUUGAUGCACUGGGUGCAGCAAUGCUUGUAACUAUAAUACUUGAUUUAUGGCGUAUAUUUCUUGGUCCUAUUGUUCCAAUUCCAGAAUCAAGGCAAUGCAGUCAGCCAGGACUUGCAUGGUUCCAUAUACCACAAAGCUCCAUGAAUAUGUGACCUAAUAUCCCAUCCUAGUAAUGAACAUCCUGAGAAAGAAUCAGAAUCUGCAACGACCACAACCUGAAGCCAGUGUUAAGAGACCAGUCAGAUCGGCAUGUAUUAACCGGAAACUGACACUCAGAACUGGAUGUUUUCGCCUUAAGGUAAUGGCAUAUAAAUAUUAGACGAAGAUAAACUGUGUAGAACUGAGCAAUAGCAGCAUGGAAGGGAAGAAGUACGCAUUCCUCUGCAUGUCAUAUAGAUGGAAUCCAUUCUACAAGUGCAGUAAUUAGUCUGAAGUAAAUACAUGAUAGUUGACAUCUGACAGCACUGGACUAUCAAUGAUAAAGGCGAGAGGCAAAUCGAGUUUGCGAACUGAAACAAAUAUUUUCACCAGCAAGUGAUUGCAUUUGCCUGGGAGUUCAAGCAUGAACAGAUUCUGGUAAAUAUGGAUAUCCCAACAGCAAGAACACAAAACUCUGCUCUGAAGUCAAUGGAUAGAAGACAAUUAAUUACAGAUGGAGUGAUUAGAUGCACAAAGUAAUGAUAGCAAUGGGAUUGUGGAGAACAUGAAAAUGGAAUACGCAAACAGGGAUUGCUCUUCUCGGAACGUCUCUGUUGUUACAGCAUGUUGGGUAACAUUUCUCCAAGCCUAGAAACCUUGUUCACUUGAAUCUCUGCACUGAAGUAGUGGCAAAGGGCCACAUUGAAUUUAAUCUCUGUGAUCCAUGCUAUAGGAAACUCCAAAUCAGGAUCAUGCUUGUGAUACGAUGUCGGACUUCCGAUCACCAUCUGCCGUGGCUUGUACUUGCUCAGCAUACUGUAAGUUCCACAGCACGUCUUCGACUGAAGGGCGAGACGUUUCCUCGUACAAGCAUUUACUUGUUAUGGAGAUCACAAUCGAUAGGGAGUCCUGUGAUGCAGAAGCUAGUACGACUGGAUCAAGAAUGCGUGCUUGCACUGUUUGCCCAGUGACUAACAUAGCCUGCAAACAAGAAACAAUGUUGGAGUGACAUUCUUCCAUGGAAAUAAAUUUAGCUUCUAUCCGUCCA